AACUCUACUUGAUCGAGAUGGUAAUGCCUGUCCUGAACGCAAAACCGCCAUUGUAGCUCGAGAACUUCAUCGCUAUAACGUGGAUGUGGCUGCUCUCAGCGAAACACAUCUUGCCGAUGAAGGAGAGAUGGUAGAAGCGGGUGGUGGAUACACUUUCUUUUGGAAAGGUACUGCUGCCUCCGAACCUCGUCGAUCAGGUGUAGCAUUUUCCAUCAAGAAUCACUUAGCAAAGCGAUUGAAAGAGUACCCUGUUCACAUAUCCGACCGCGUAACCACGCUGCGUCUUCAUCUAGACAAAGACAGUUACCUUAAUGUCAUCAAUGUCUAUGCGCCUACGUAAGACAAAUCUGAUGAUAUCAAGGACAAAUUUUACGAGGAAGCCCUUUGCCUUGACCGCAUAAACGCCAGAGAGCAGGUCCUUUUGCUGGGCGAUUUCAAUGCCAGGGUUGGCCGGGACCAUGAGGCUUGACCUGGAGUUAUGGGUAGACACGGUGUUGGCAACAUGAAUAGCAAUGGUCAACUUUUGCUUAGUGUUGCGAGCGAUCUUUGUACUCAGUACGGCUUGGCAUUUACCAACACUAUGUUUAGACUUGCCGCCAAGUACAAAACGACAUGGAUGCUCCCAAGAUCCAAACACUGGCAUUUGAUCGACUAUGCUAUUGUGAGGCAAAGAGAUUACAGUCAAGUGCAGAUAACCCGCGCUAUGCGGGGUGCGCACUGUUGGUCCGACCACCAACUUAUUGUCACUAAGCUUGCGUACUUAAACGUGGAAAAGCUGAAAGAUCGUGAGGUAAGGGAGAAAUAUGCUGACUCAUUGUCUAUAAAGCUGUCAUCCACAGCCGAAAUAGAUAAUGUUGAUGCUGCCUGGGGAACUUUUGAUUCUCGAAUCUUAGAAACCGCUUCAACUGUACUCGGCAAUAAAUGCCGUCGCAAUGAAGAUUGGUUUGAUGAAAAUGAUGAAGUUCUGCGGGCGGCACUUGAUAAACAUCGAGACCUUCUACAACAGCAUACUAGGCGAAGAGGAAGCAUUGCGGAUGUCAAAGGUAGUGACCAAGAAGUGUGUAGGCUGACUCGACAAAUUAAAGACAAGUGGUGGCGGGACAAAGCUUGUCACAUGCAAUGGCUCACUGACACAAACUAGCUAGGGGAGUUUUACAGUGAGGUGCGUAAGCUGAUUGGCACAUCCUAUCAUACAAAGGCUCCUUAGUCUCUUGACGGUAGACACCUAUUGACAAACAGGAAGGACGUGUUAAAACGCUGGGCGGAGCACUUUAACACCUUGCUUAAUGUUGAUCGAUCAGCUGAUCUGCAUAGUAUUAGUUUAAUGCCCCAACUCUCUUCUGCCAUUGAACUGGAUGAGCCCCUGCGUAACGAGGUUGUUUUGGUUAUUAGAGAGCAACAAAACAACCGGGUGGCUGGCAUUGGCCUUAUACCGGGAGAGCUGAUAAGAUAUCAGGCAUAGAUAUGGAGAUACUUUGAACGUAUGUGGGAAGAAGAGCACGUUCCCGAUACUUUUAAAGUGUCGCGAAUUUGUGCUCUAUAUAAGAACAAGGGCAACCGGUCUGACUGCAACUCUUACCGUGGUAUUUCACUCCUUUCGGCCCCUGGGAAGGUCUUUGCCAGAAUUCUUCUGAAUCGCCUAAAGGCCUUAUCGGCAAAGAUUUUGCUAGAAACUCAAUUUGGCUUCCGACCUGACCGAUGUACAUGUGAAGCAAUUUUUGCCAUACGGCAAGUACAGGAAAAGAGCAGGGAGCAGGGUCGUCAACUGUACCUCUGUUUUGUUGACCUAGUGAAAACUUUCGACAGUGUGCCUCGUGACGCGCUUUGGGUGGUGCUGGGAAAGCUCGGGUACACGGAAAAGUUUAUAAGACUUCUUAGGCUACUGCAUGACGACAUGCAAUGUUGUGUUGCCGUAGACGGUGAACAGACAGAAUUCUUCCCCGUUACUUGUGGAGUGAAGCAAGGAUGCGUGUUAGCACCUACUCUGUUUGCUUAAUACUUUGCUGUGGUAGUAAGAGAAGUCUUACAAACAGUUUCUCAGGGAGUCCGCAUUCGAUUCCGCACGGACGGCAAUCUUUUUAACUCGGCUAUACUUCAGGCUCGUACCAAGGUUUCCCAUGCACUGAUCUCUGAGACCAUGUAUGCUGAUGAUCUGUGCUUUUUAGCUGAAUCCCCAGACGGCCUGCAGCAGCUGAUGUCCGGUUUCCACCAAGCCUGCCGCAAGUUCGGCCUAAAGAUCAGUGUCAAUAAGACAGAAGUGAUGUCUGUAGACAUUCACGGUCAUGAGUCACUGACCAUAAGGCUUGGCCAGGAUGUUCUAAAGCAGGGAGAUAAAUUUCGCUACUUGGGGAGUACUGUAACAUCAAAGUGUGACCUUGAUGCUGAAAUCAACAGCAGGAUCGGUGCUGCAGCUGCAGCAUUCGGUAAGCUGCGUUCCGAGGUUUUCAGUUCACAUGACUUUAAGUUGGCCACCAAGGUUUCUGUUUAUAUGGCAAUUGUACGGCCAAACCUCUUAUAUUCUUCCGAGACGUGGUAUCUAUAUCGUUGCCAUAUACGUGCUCUUGAUCAAUUCCACCUUAAAUGUCUUCGUAGCAUCAUGAAGAUCAGAUGGUCCGAUAGAGUACGAAAUACCGAAGUCUUGCGGCGAGCCAAUGUUGGUGGCAUUCAGGCUUACUUAAUGCGCCGGCAAAUUCGGUGGUGCGGUCACGUAUCACGGAUGUCGGAUGAGAGAGUGGCAAAGCGCAUCUUUUAUUCUGAACUGGAGGAGUGCAAGCGUAAGCAGGGCGGACAACUCCUCCGGUGCAAAGAUGUCCAAAAACGGCAUAUGAAGAGAUGCAAUAUAGAGCCUUCACGGUGGGAGCAUUUGGCAGCACAGAGGCCAGAAUGGCGCACAGUGGUAAACAACCAUGUACGGGAUUUCGAGGUCCAACGUAAAGUUGACCUUGACGCUAAACGCGAUAGUGUAAAGGCCCGCCCACCUGCUGCUUUUUCCUAUCACUAUCAAGACGGUACAUUAGCCAUCUACGAGCGCAUGAACGCCAAAAUACCAAAUAGGAGCUGAAACGGUCGCCAUGGCCGAAAUCGGUCGGAUUCAUUCACUUGAAAAUUCUAACUCAUCAGUACCCUUACCAUGAGUUU